AUCCUGUGAGGUAGGACGUGAGGAUCUCGACUCUCUCAACCUCGGUCACAGACCCUGCUGGCGCGUGGCCACGCAUGGCUCCGCUAUUUAAACCGAACUCAGAUGAUAACCCUGUUUCAAGCGAGAGACUCGAAUAAAGCGAGGAACGGGGACGCGCUCCAGGGUGAAACAUCCCGAUAACCGUUUCGUUCGUUGUAAUGGAGUUGGCGCGCAACGCCUCCGCGCUUUCGUCGCAGCAGACCAACCUAAUUGCCUUGUCCGGUGGAAGCGACAGGAACGCGUAUCUGUACAUCGUCAUCGUUUUGUCUUUCUACGGAGUCUUCCUCACUGCGAUUAUGCUCGGUUACCUGCGCACCAAACGGCGCGAGAAGAGGCGCACGAACGCGUUCACGCGGCUUCUGCACGAGGAGGAGCAGCGCGAGUGGGGCGCGAGCCAGAAGAAGCACAGCUUCAGCCUCCCCGCGUUUCCCGCACUGCGCUCCACGCCGGUGCCGUUCAUGCUGAGCACCGGCCGCGCGCUGGACGGCGGGAGGGUUCUCGCGCCUCUGGCGUGCGCGCUGUGCUCGGUGGAGCAGAGCAGCGUGAGCUCCCUCAGCUCCGUCACCGAUGUGCGCUUCACUAUCGAAGAGGAGUCUGACAGCGGCGGACACGAGGAUCCGAAGAAAACCGACUCGGACCACAAAAGUGACGGACAAAACCUCAGAGAAACGCUCUGACGUUCCCGCUGCAUACCGUUACUAUGGCAACCAUAGUUCCCGCCGAAAAGCAAUAUUUAGCCUACCACAGUUACUGUUACUUCAAAUAAAACUGUUUUAAGUUGGUACUAGCCACCGUUGCAAUAAAAAUAAAUUAAGAAAGUUUCUGAACGCUUCUUGUACUGUUUUAAGAAAACCCUGUUAAUUUAUUAAGGUUUUACUGUUGUAAAUAACGGUAGUAACUUGGCGGGAACUGUGGUUCACGUGAUGCUAUGAUGGAAAGUAGGCUAUGAACUCUUGCGCCAGAAAAAUCUUGUGAUAUAAAUUGGAUUUGACAAUCUUGGACUAGAAAUUCAAAUUGUGUUACUAGAAGUGUAUUUCCUCGCAUACUGGUGUGGAGUAUGUUUCAGGCCUUACACGCGAUGUAAACAUUGCGAUAAACCUGGAAGUCACUUGAAAAAAAAAAAAAACUUUUAGAAUUCAAUUUACAUUAAAGGCCUAUUUCGUAAUUCACACAGAUGUGUAAAUUAUUAUUAUUUGUUUUUAAGAUCUGUAUAUAUUGUUCUACGUGCAUGGUGUGUCUAUUUAAAUAUUACCUUUCUGUGUAAACUAAAUAAAAUGUUCCUUCAGAAUGUGAA